AUGCAGUUCACCAUCGUCGCUGCUCUCGCUUUGGCUGCCACCGCCUUCGCUGUCCCUGUCGAGCAGGCAGUUGAGGGCCAAGUUCUGAUUUCUCUCCCUCCCGGUUGCACCAAAACCGACCUCGCCAAGUGUGCCUUCCACCUCAUUGGCACCACUGCCUCCUGCGGCGCCGCCAUCAUCAAAGUCGGCGCCAACCCUGCUGCCGAUUUGUCCUGCAUUGGCUCCGCUGCUGGCACUGCAGCCAACUUCGGCGAGUGCAAGAGCUGCAUUCCCAAGAAGACCGAUGUCAUUGAGAACUAA